AGCACCUGUGUGAGAGAGAGUUGCAGAGUUGCAGCAUGUUUCCCGCUCCGCAUCUUCUCCGCGUGGCUUUCGCUUAAUGCGCUGAACAUUUCUGGAGGACAUCUCUUUUCCAGCUCAUGUGAGAUCUCAGCUGUCUUUGGAAUGAUGGGGACCUUACAUGACAGUAUUGGAUUUGUGCUCUUUUCCUGUUUGUCCAUUCAAGUUGGAUUUUCUCUUGACGGAAAGUUUACCGAUUUCCCUACUAACAUCACUGCAAGGGAAGGACAGAACAUUGAAAUGGCAUGUGCCUUUCAAAGUGGGAUGUCCUCGGUUUACUUAGAGAUCCAGUGGUGGUUUAUUCGAGCUCCGGAGGAACUGAUUACGAGCGAGGAGGAUGAGGACGAUACGGAGAUGGAGUUGAUUCCAGAUCUGGAUCCUGAUGAAGAAGGGACUAAAAUAAGUACAGUCAAGGUCCAAGGCAAUGACAUCUCCCACAAGCUGCAGAUCUCUCGGGUGAGCAAGAACGACGAGGGUCUGUACGAAUGCCGUGUCACAGAUGCUAACUACGGAGAGCUGAAGGAGUACAAGGCUCAAGCCUACCUUAAAGUCAACGCCACAAUCCGCCCGCGCAACAGGGCCAUUAAGAAGAGCUCUCCGCUGCACCUGACCGAUAAGAAACCCCGCAAGAGCAGCUCGGCUCUCGGCCAGGACAACAACGGCAUGAGCUCUGACCAGAGGUCCCAGGCCACUUCUACCUCGCAGACCUCACACUCCAAAACAGUGGAGCACAGCACAGGGUCAGGUACGAGGAUAUCCACGAGUAAUGGACUCGCUAUUCUCCUCCUCACGUCCGGCCUCAUGAGAGGAGUGUGGCUAUAGUGACUCCUUUUCCCAGAAUCACUCUUAUUUCAGAGCCAAGAGAAAAUUGCCUGCUAUUUGGCCGGAGCGGACGGCACAGUCGUCCCUCAACACUGCACCCAACGUAGUCUAAUGAUCAUCACCAGAAGCACCUUCCUUUCUAAAGCCUAAGAGAAGGAAACUGCCAUAGCGGACACGUGCUUCACGCUCCAAAUCAAACUCCAGACCCAACAAACGGACACGGACUCUUAUGGGAUCUUGCACCUCUUAUAUAUAUAUGUUUUUGGGUUGGUUUAUGUUGACCUUUUAUCUCCAGCUGUGAAUUUAAUACAUGCUCUGAAGUUGCGAAGAGUCUAUAUUUGUGUAAAAUAUGAAUAUAUGAACAGAUAUACAGUAUAUAUAUAUAUAUAUAUAGUAUUUGAUUUCAAAUUCCCUCCACUCUGUACAGCUGUCAUUCACUCGUUGUGUAUUCACAUGCAAAAACAGCCUUGAAGUGAAAAUAACUGCAUCGCAGCUUAGUACAUAUUGUGUCUGGAUCGCUAAUUGAGCUCAGCUUGACUGUGUGGUAAAUCACGGUUGUUAUUUGUUGCUUUAUUUUUUGGCAUAAUAAAUGUGAGUGUAUUCUUUUGCCCCUCCGUUCUGUCGGUAACGCGUGAGAAUCACGUUAAGUUCGCACGUUGCAUGUUGUGUUGUGAACAUAGCAGUCUAUGGCUGGAAUCAAAUCACACACUCAAUAAUGCCAUUUCAGAGCAUUUUUCAGUGCAUUUGAAAAUAUAUUGUUUGUUUGGCUCUUAUUUACUUUUUUUGGAGAGUGUAAGGUCAGACGAAUCGAUCAAAAUAAAUGUCCUGAGCUUUCAACCUUCACAUCGCUAAAGGUGUUACAUGACAUUCAGCACUAUUGAAUGCUGUGAUUGUGUCCUCCUAAACAUCUCAAGUAUGAUUCACCUACAUUUAAGUGCUGGAGAUGAUUGCUUUUCACCUCUUGAAGCCGCUGUCAUUUCCGUGGUUGUUUGCCAUCUUCAAAAUCACGUUGCAUUAUGGAUUUCCACUAAAGCUGACAAAAUCAAUAGUCGUUGACAAUUGGUUUUCUCAUCUUUUUUUGUUCAUUUAAAAUGGAACGGCUCUGUACUUUCUGACUAAAAGAUAAUAUGUAUUUGCAUUUGUCCUCUUAUUUUGACUGCAGAUUGCAAGUCAAUAAGGGGGUGACAUUUUCCCCAAAGCAAGUCAGCAUUGCAACAGUUUAGCUUAUUCUUAUGCAAAAGUCACUCGGUCCAAACCUAAACUGACCCUAAUUAUUUAACAUCACAAGUGACUGAACACAAUAUGACACCAAAACAUUCUCUGCUGCAGGCGAAAUGAAGAAGAAACUCACUGACAGAUCUUAUUCUGAGAUUAAUAACCAAGAUACAGCUUGGGAAAAAAGCAUCGAAUUUCAUAUUCCUUCAUGAUGCCCUGAUCACUGUAUUUUAAAAGCGAUGGUAGUGGUUGAAAAUAAGAUGGUGACAUUUAACCAACACUGUGUUAUCAACAAGAACAAGACGUCCCUUAAGGAAUGUCAAGGUUUUGAAAGGAAUCUGAAGCUGCGGUUGAUGGAAUUCAUUCAGUUUGACAUUCUGCUCUUGUAUUGAUGUCUUGAGGUGUUUUAUAUCAUUUAACCAAAGACUGCUGAGAUAGGCACAUUGCAGUACUGUUUACAAAACACAUAAGAGCCCCAUGUAUUAUGCCAAAUCUGCGCUGGCUUUCUGAAAACUCAUUUUCUCACUCAUGGUGGAGUCAAGUGUUGUGUUUGUUCCUCAAUUUUGGCUUUCGAGGUAGUUGUAUUGUGAUUACGCUUGGAUUAAAACAUAAGAAAGAGAAUCUCUCAACAACAAACACAAAACCAACAUAAAAUGCUGUUAAAAUACUGUCACGUAAGGGUUAGGUAAAGGCUUCAUGUAGCGAUUUUUAUCCUGCACUAACAAAUUUUUCUUUUCAGUCAAAACCUCUGUUAUACAAUUGAUGCAAAAUACACAAUAUGGUUAAUUAUACUGUGUUUAUGUUAUAAAAUAUUAGUAUAGUUAUAUGUUUUUUUUUUUUUUUUAUGUUUAAAAUGCUUGGCAUGUAGCAAAUCAGUCACAAGACAGCCACUUGCAUUUAAAAUGUAUGAUACUUGAGGCAAAAACAUUUGAUAUGUUAUGCCAGUUUAUCAGUGAAUAAUAACACAAAAAGUUUUCAAAUGGGUUCAGAUGAUUUGAAAAAUUGUGCAUGGAUAGAACUGGCUACUUUUAUUGUGCAUUAAAGGUAGAUUAGCCAUUUUUUUGCGCCACAGCUGGAAAAAAUAAAUAAAUAAAUAAAGCUUGACAAUUUUGGCAGAAAAUGCUAAUUAAAAACAGAAAAUGUGAAGAAAAUAAAAAAAUAAAAGUUGAAGAAAACUAUCAAGUAAUGGGUAAAUGAUGACAAAAUGUUACAAUUGUUACAUUAUAAUGUUGCAGGAUAAAAGUUGUUGCACUGAUGUUUCCUUUAGAAGUUUCUGGCUCCGGCCCGGACGCUGUAAUGUAAACUUAGCAAAGUUUAUUUGUACUUUGACGGCUGUAGUGAUCCUGAUCCUUAAACGAGACCAUGACACAAAAAAAAUGCACCAUGAUAUUUCUUUGAAUAAUGAGACGGGUCGUGCAAUAGAAGGUUGUUCAGCAAGAUUCUUGCCAAAUUGUACUCUUCAUAAUUGGAAGACUAAUCAUAAAACCAGCUGGAAGCUCUAAAUUCUCCAUAGAUUUAUGGGCAUAUGUGAGUUAGAGAGCAGCUUCUGUCCGAGAGUGGUAAUGUACGGCAUAGGUUUGUUGAUUUGAGUAGGUUGAUCUACAUUAAACUUUGUUUUUAAGACAGCACUUUAAAUAGGGCACACGACGAUGAUGAAGAAGAUCCACAUUUUGUGUGCUGUAAAUAGACGAAACAACUAAACUAAAUCCAUCAGCUGCAUUUUAACACAGGACGUCUGCGGUUAUAAAUACAGUUGGGUUGUCAUCCUUCAAAACCAAACUCAUUUAAUUAAAACGUUUAUGUAGACAAGUGUUUUGAAUGGGAUUCAGAUGAAUAUAUUUGAUGCCUUGUACAGCCUGAGUAAAAUUCACUGUAAACUAAAACAAGCCGCAUGGUUUAUUUCCAUUUCGUAUUUGUUUCCAUUUUUAAUCUGAAAGGACAAAUUGUAUAUUGUAUAUGUGUAUGGAUUUAUUGAAAGGACAGAAAUGCUAUAUGUGCGUUUUUGUGUUGCCAUCUGUCUGGAGAACUCUACGGGACAGACUUUCCGUCCUUUGGGAAACCGUUUUGGCCAAACCUCUGGAGAUAUUGGCUGGAUUUUGCAAAGCUGAAUCUGACAGAACAGAGAUUACGUUUGACGAAACAGAGACUCUUUGUGUUCCCAAAACAAUAAGCGAAGAUGGAGCCGCUUCUUGGAUCUCUGGAUGUUGUUUUGGAUGCGUACGUGUUGAUUUCUGCAUGUGAUGAAUCCACUGUACAAGCAUAUGGAGAGCAAUCCUUGCACUCCCAGGAUCUGUAUUUCAGAAAGUCAUCAUCCGGAGGGUUCAGAUCUUCUUCAAAUGCGUCAUCACAAGGAAUCGGUGUAUAUAUGGAUCACCUCUUUGCCAUCUUGUUGGAGUCAUAAUUAAAUGUUUACUGGACUCUUUCAAAUACAUGACAUGAUUAAAAUGUAAAGCUGUCAUGGCUGAGCAAAGCUGAGUUUGUAAUAUAAGACAAAAUGAGCCAAAUUUUAAUAAACUAUCUUCACGGGCUGUCUAGAUACAGAUUUUUUUAUGAGACGUGCAGCGUGAUUUACAGACAGUAUGCGGUGCAUCGAUUUUCCAGAGCCGUUUUAUUUUUAUUGCUGAAAGGAGCCGCUCGUGUA